AAAUUUAAUUUAAAUAAAAAAAUUAAUAAAAUCAAUGAAUUUUAAUUUUUCAAUUCGAUUUUAUUGUAAUUUUUUAUUUGCGUGAAACAUUGCAGUACAGCAAGAUUGAACUACUAAAUCAAUCAAAUUAACCGAUGAUUACCAAUGGCGGCAUCGCGGCGGCUCCGUGAUCUCCAAUCACAACCGGGGAACAAGAUCUGCGUCGAUUGUCCCCAGAAGAAUCCGCAAUGGGUGUCUUCCUACGGCGUCUUCAUGUUCCCAGAGUGCUCUGGCAAGCGUUGUCUCGGGGUUCACAUAUCCUUUGUCCGAUCCGUUACCAGGGACUCAUGAUCUGAGAUCCAGAUCAAGAAAAUGGAAGCUGGAGGCAACGAAAGGCUCAACGCUUUUUUAGUACAGUAUGGAAUCCCUAAAGAGAUGGACAUCGUCGCUAAAUAUAAUACUAAAGAAGCUAGCGUUUACCGGGAUCGAAUCCAGGCCCUCACCGAGGGUCGACCUUGGCGGGAUCCACCGGUCGUUGAGGAAACCAUCGUGGCAGGAAAAAGCCACCGACCGCUGGCUCAAUCUGCUGGUAACGGAGAUAAUAAUUAUUCUAGUUUAUAAAUAAAAUAUUUUAAAAUUGAUAAACUUC